AUGGAUCUCGCAGGCACGCUCAUCCGGAUGGCUGCGCGGGCGUUCUACGAGACCCGUCACAUCCUCGUCAUCGAUGCUCUCUUCAUACACUCAGUCCUGAAUGCCGAGGACCUGGCUCUUCUUUUGGGGAUGCAGCAAAAGGACGUUAGGAAGCUCUGUGGCCGGCUGCGCGAGGAUCGGUUGAUUGCUGUACACCAUCGCACCGAGAUGCGGGAGGGCCAAACUCGCCCGCGCGAAUAUUACUAUGUCCCGCUCUACCCCGUUAUCGACGCCAUCAAGUACCGCGUAUCUCGUCUCACGUCCUCCAUCAAAGCGCAAUAUACGCCGAACCAGGAAAGAAAGGAGUAUAUCUGCCAACGAUGCGGAGCCGAGUGGACGCAGCUGGAGGUUUUGAGUAGUGUAGGGCCAGAGGGAUUCGAGUGCCUACGCUGCAACACUAAACUGUCGACGGUUGACGAGGUUGAAGGAGCUGGUGCUGACCGCACUGGUCACGAGAAAAACAGCAAGCUCAUGGCACAGCUAGACUCCAUCCUUAAGCUUCUGAUACAGAUAGACUCAACCGAUAUACCGCCUAACGAUUUCGAUAAUGCUUGGGAGCACAAGGUGGACGUUAUACGGAACCAGCAUACAAACCCGACCCGUGUUGCUGUUGCGGUUAACAAGAAGGGAUCAUCGGUGGUCAAGGGUGUCAACAAGACGGAUGCUUCUGCGCUGGAAGUGAACCUGUCCUCCUCCGCCGAGAGAAACGCAGAAGAGCAAGCUCAAAAGGCGGCACGAAAGGCAGCAACGGAGAAACAAAACGCCCUUCCAGUCUGGCAUACUCACUCCACCGUAUCUACCGAAGCCACGAAUUUACCUACCGUCAAAACAGAGCCAAACGGGACAGCGACAGACGCAGGUGCAGCUACAGCCACGGAAGAAGAUACCAAGGUCGGCAUCAAGGACGAAGAGGAAGAGAAGAAGGACCAGCAGGAAAACAUGGACGAUACUAUCGCUACGUACUAUGCUGAGAUGGCACGCGAGAAGGAACUUGAGGCCGCGGAGUCUUCUGAUGACGACGACGAUGAUGACGAAGAGUUUGAGGACGUUAGUGUUACCCCGGACGGGGCCAGUAGUGGACAGCCAGGCUCUGUCGGUCUAGCUGUGGGUACGCCCACGGUUAAUGGCAAUGGCAAUGGACAUGGACAUGGCAGCAGUCUGAAGCGAGAGUUGGACUCGGAGUCUGGCACCAGCGGACCCAACACUAAUGCGGGGACGCCUAUUACUCCAGCGGACGAUGAGGGCCCGGCGGCUAAGAAGGUUAAAGUAGAGGCCGAGCCGGCGAUCAAAAAGGAGGAAGACGCAGGGUCUGAUGAGGACGAAGAGGAAGAGUUUGAAGAUGUAUAG